AGAAAUAUGAGACAAAGAUAGUAUUGUGACAUCACAAUGUCGUACCCACAGACAUCAAUAACGAAGCCCUCGCCGAAACCUCGGGGUCAUAAUAGAGGGCAUUGUGGUUAUAGUUCCUCAGAGGGUGAGGAUGAUCCGUCGGGAUAUGGGACGGGAGAUAAUAUUUAUGAAGAUGUUCGAGAUGCAUCUACCAAUACAAAACCUGAUUUAGGUUUAAAAGGUGAUGAAGACGGAGAGCAAAUGGAUACGCUGGGUAGACUUUAUAACUAUCAAAGUGGCUCGGAUGGGGAUGUAGAAACUGAUCACCCGCAAUCCCCAAAUCACCAUGGCAACAAUUACAACAAACAUUACCCACGGGAAUCUAGAAACUAUAAGGAUAAUAGGGAUUACAACAAGGACCAUGUGGAUAAUUACCCACGAGGAUCUAGAAACCAUAGGGAUAAUUACAAGGACCAUAGACCAAGGAAAACAUCUCAAACGCCAAGGUCAAGGUCGAUGACCUCUGAGAGUUCAAGGUCAUAUAGUGACUCGGAUAAUGAGGAGCCAAUCAAGAAAAGACUAAGCCAAAUGACCACGCUACCAGUAGCGCCACCUAUCCCACCAAUACCGCCACCUCCUACGGAAGAUCCGCCCGACCCUCCACCGCCGAGUCACAUUCCCCCACCCCCACAACGACGAAACUUCAAUCACUUCGGUCCAUCACAACGAGGGAACUACUGCGAGUAUGACCCAAGCAUGGAUCGGCGUAGCAACAUAUCAAUGCCCGGCUCGUAUUUUAGCGGCACAGGGACAUACCAGGAUAUAAAUAGCGGAGAUAUGGAUACGGACUUUGAGCCCCAUUAUUUAGUUCAGACUGGAUCGGGCACUGUGUAUAUUCCUAAUCCACACGCACCUCCUCCAGUGCCCCCAGAUUCAAACAGGCCGCCACCUCCAACUACUCGCCCCCCUGCCACACCGCCCCACCCAGCAGGCUUCCCCAGGACAGUCCCCAAAGCCACUAGUCUUCCUGUACAAAGGCCAGAUGUCACUGGGAACUACCCCGUCCCCCCUGGGCCCCGGGACGCCACCAGUCUGAAUAGUUUAGGGGAUGGAUAUACUCAUCCAAUACCAUCUCCCGAUAAUAGGCAGUUCCAGUUUGGAAACAUCCCCCCUGCUCCGACGACACCCCAGCCCCCUCCCCCAGGGUACGCCCCUGUGCAUCAGCAUGACUAUCAACAUUUUUCACGGUUCAGUAGUGACAGUAUCACCAUGGGGAAACUGAAACGAAGAUGCAAUUGGAAAUGUAUCGCAAUUAUAUUACUCAUUGUAUGCAUCGCUCUACUUGCCACUGUGGCAUAUUUAUCAGCUGUUGUGAUCAACAAUCAACUAAGUCUCCAAUUUGUCAAGAAAACAGUGACAGUUGUAUCAUCAAAUGAAACAAGACCCCCACCUGGUAUUACCAGUGUCUCUCUAGCGACUACCCCGGCACCAACUGAGCUAACUGUCGUCCAGUUUCCUCUCGGGCAACUCCAACAGCAGCUUGUUCCCCCGAAAGAUUUCUGGCCGACCAGAUUCUAUCUCGACCAAUCACAAUUCUUCAAGUUCAACUUUACUUUGCCAUCUAGUGGCAAAAUUGGAGUUUACGGAAGAAAGAACGUCCAGCCGACUCACACUCAGUAUGAUUUCUUUGAGACAUUUGAUGGCAGCAGAUUGAGCGCAAGUCCAAGUGGCGGUCGAGAAAAAAGAUCCAUUGAGAAAAGGGAAGUUGACUCGAGACGUAGCGAUAGUCAAAGGGAAUCUGCGUUUGUAGAGUACAUGGAGCAAGGAAUGUGGUACAUCUUUGUUUACAAUGAUGGGGAUGAGCCAGAGAAAGUUGGCUUUGUGGCAGAUAUAUAUGACAAAUAUGAUCAAAGUUGUCCCGAAGGUUGCCAUGGUAGAGGUGAUUGCAUCAGUGGACAAUGUCAUUGUUUUCCUGGACACACUGGCUGGGACUGCGCUCAGAGUGUCUGUCCAGUUCUUUGUAACGGCAACGGAAUAUUUGUUCGGGGAACUUGUCAGUGCUAUACUGGUUGGAAAGGCAAGGAAUGCAAUGUCCCUGAUUUAGAAUGUGAAGUCCCCACAUGUAAUGGAAAUGGCCGCUGUGUCCAAGGCCUUUGUGUCUGCUCCCCUGGAUACAGAGGACAAGCUUGCGAAGAAAAGCAAUGCCAAAUGACAUGUAUCCAUGGUGUAUGCGACAACCAGCGAUGUGUAUGUGAGAAUGGUUGGUCGGGGGCCCAGUGUGACCAGGUAGCCUGCGACACAAGGUGCAAAGAUCACGGGUUCUGCAACAACGGCUCCUGUACCUGCCAUGAUGGCUGGAAUGGCCGCCACUGUUCCCUCGAUGGCUGCCCGAAUGGAUGUAAUAAUAACGGUGUAUGUCAGAAGUUUGUGGAUAGCUGGCGCUGCAGUUGCAAGGAAGGGUGGAAGGGUUUCGCCUGCAACAUCGCCAUGGAGACGGAAUGCGAUGAUAACAGUGAUAAUGACGGAGAUCACAUGGUUGAUUGUUAUGACCCGGAUUGCUGUAUGGCGGCCGCCUGUAUGGACAGCACACAUUGUAGCACAUCUCCCGACCCCAUGGAGAUCCUCCUACGUAAACAGCCUCAGAGCAGCACUGCUUCUUUCUACGAUAGAAUGAAGUUUCUCAUUGAAGAUGAAAGUUUGCAGAAAUACGCUACAUUGACAUCCUUUAAUUCAAGUCAAGUGUCCGUCAUUCGUGGGAAAAUCGUUGGCGUAGAUGGGAGCCCAUUGACUGGUGUUAGGGUCUCUGCUGCUAGGCAACCACUCUAUGGCUUCACGCUAUCAAGAGAGUUGGGACUGUUUGACUUGUUGGUGAACGGGGGUGGAUCAGUCAUGCUCAAUUUCUUCCGUAACCCAUUCAAGACAAAAGUCGUCACCGUGACUGUCCCAUGGAAUCAAAUAAUCGUCAUGGAUACUGUUACCAUGACACUAGAGAAUGAAGAAGAUGUUGACCAAGCGACACUCAGUUGUCCAAUAAACCAUGAUUACGUCUUCAUGCGGCCAUUGGUUCUGUCGACAUGGCAACAUACUCAGUUAGGAGCAUGUCCCGAUAGAAGCACAAUUAUCCCUGAGUCACAGGUCCUUCAAGAGAGUCUUCCCAUUCCCGGCAGUGACCUUCACCUCAUUUACCACAGCUCACAAACACAAGGGUAUAUGUCUACAGUAAUGAUACAGCUCACCCCCGGAAAGAUCCCAGAGAAUCUUGUUACGGUGGAGCUUCGCGUGGCGGUAGAGGGGAACGUAUUCGAGAAGGUAUUUGAAGCUGACCCAGAUUUGAAGUAUCGCUUCGCUUGGGAGCGGAGGAAUGCGUACAAUCAGAAAGUAUUUGGAAUCGUCACUGCUAGAGUGUCUGUGGGUUACAAGUACAGGGAAUGCGCUAAGGUAUUCUGGGAAACCCAAACGACAACAAUGAGUGGUUAUGACAUCACUUCCUCUGACAUUGGAGGCUGGAACAUUGACGUCCACCACACGUAUAACUUUCAAGAAGGCAUUCUACACAAGGGAGAUGGUACUAACAUUUAUCUGAAAGAACAGCCUAAGGAGAUGAUCACACUAGCAGGUACUGGAAAUCAGAGAAACCCAGAAUGUGACGAUUGUGACGGGAAAGCGACAGAGCAAAAAUUACUUGCCCCAGUUGCACUUGCCAAUGGCCUUGAUGGGAGCCUUUAUGUUGGGGACUAUAACUUCAUACGGAAAAUAUCUACAAGUCGCCAGGAAAUGGCUAGUGUACUUCAACUUAGAACCUCCGAUGUUCCUUACAAAUACUACAUGAGCGUGAAUCCAUUCGACGGCAAGCUCUACAUCUCCGAUUACCAAAGCAGGCGAAUUAUACGCAUUAAAACUAUGGGUCCUGUCCGUGAUCUGGCAGACAAUUAUGAGCUCGUGGCCGGAACUGGGGUUCAGUGUGCCCCAGGGGAUACCAACAGGUGUGGCGAUGGGGGUCCAGCUACGGCAGCAUUGCUUAACUACCCCAAAGGAAUCGCAAUAAACAAGGAUGGAAUAAUCUACUUUACUGAUGGCCCGAAUAUUCGCAUGAUCAACAAAGAAGGAAUCAUCUCCACUCUGAUUGGAUCACAAUCCCAGCCAUCUGAUUGGAUACCGCUCCCCUGCGAUCGUCCUGCUGACUUUGAUGAGGUGACUUUACGGUGGCCCACAGCCCUGGCCGUCAACCCCCUAGAUGACAUGAUCCACGUCAUAGACAACAACGUCAUACUAAAGCUCACCAAAGACCGCAAGGUUGUCGUUGUUGCUGGUCGACCCGUCCACUGCCCUCAGAAGAUCAAUAAAACGAGGAGUCUCAUAACAGAUGACCAAUCAGGGCCGCAGAUUGCAAAUGACGUCAUGUUGGCAUCACCACAAAAUAUUGCGUUCAGUCCCUAUGGAGAUUUGUAUGUCGUGGAGAGUGAUUCUCAUUUUGUCAACCAGGUGCGCGUCGUAAAAACUGAUGGCACGAUUACACAUUAUGUCGGAGCUAUACCGAAAUGUGAUUGCGCUAACCCAGAAUGCAAGUGCCAUGACGACAGAGAAUCGUUAGCGUCACAAGCUUUGCUGCACUCUCCCACUUCCGUCACUGUAACCCCUGACAACGUUCUACACGUCGCCGAUAUGGGCAACCUACGAAUUCAUUCCGUGGUCACCGAGCUCCCGGGUUUGACCCCACGGGCCCAAUACGAGGUGUUGUCUAGAGAUACCCUGGAGUUGUAUAUCUUUAAUCGCUAUGGGAAACACUUGUUUACAAAGAAUGUAAUGACAGAUGACAACAUGUACAGAUUCAGGUACAAUGUUAAUAACUUUUACGGAAAACUUAUCUCCAUAUACGACGGAGGAAAUCGACAGCUACAGGUCGUCCGAGACUUCAAAGCAUUGCCAAAAGAAAUACGGUCCCCUGGUGGUCAAAAAUGUAAACUAGAACUUAACUAUAUGGCUCAACUCGAGAAGUUUGUCGAUUCUGAUAACUUCACAACAAGUUUUACUUAUAUGGCUAGUUCUGGCUUAUUAGAGACCAAACAAACAUCAACAGGUCAUACAUUCUUUUACGAGUACGAUGAAAUUGGUCGCCUAGCAGCCGUUAUCCAGCCAACUGGUGAGGUGACUUCUGUAUCAACGGAUGUAGACUCAACAGGAGCUGUGGCCCAUAUUACCACUGAUGAGAGGGAUGCGGUUGCCAUGGCAACAAAUGGGAAUAUGCUUUCUUUGCUGCACGGAAAAGCAAAAACGAAGAUUUCCUAUACACAAGAUGGAUCUCUCGUCGUUGAGUAUCCAUCGAACAUGGCAGUUACCAUAGAAACUAACAGUCACCCAGUCCUCGGCAAUGACCACCCGAUGCACAUGAAGAGAAAAGUCAUCAUGCCGGAUAAUCUCAUCCAUAGGCUAGAGUGGCGGUACUAUCUCCGUCGUGAAGGGAAAUCACGCAAGAAUAAAAUGAUUGAUAAAAUUGGUCGUCGAAUGAGGGUAGGAGACGCAAGUGUGCAUGAUGGGAAUGACCAUGCUGCAUUUAGCGGCAAGCGUUUGUUGGUGAAUGGAGCCAACCUGUUGACGUUUGAAUACGACAGGGAAGGCAGAAACGAAACUAUCUUUGACAAAGACAACAAAGAAUUGGUGACAAUCUCAUACGAUCAAACAGGACAACCAAUUUACAUCAUCUCCAAGACAACCAUACACCCUGUCAACAUCUCGUAUAAUUCUCACGGACAACUCUUGCGCUGGAACCAAGGAAAUGUGUUUGCUGAACAUGUUCAUGACAGCGAGACAGGAAAUUUGGUCGAGCGUAAGCUGUCAGGUGUCGCCACCUAUAGAUAUAUAUAUCGCCAAGGAACUAAGCCAACAGAUGUCAUUCUCCCAAGUGGUAAACAAUACCUUAUUCGCUAUGACAACCUAGGAAAUGUUAAACAAGUCAAAAUGCCAGAACUCGGGGAGCACAAGUUUGAUAGUCUCACCACAUUAAAUUACCAUCGCAUCCGUUAUACGCCUCCGGAAAGUAAGUUCCCAUAUCUGCAGGAUUACACAAGCACUGGGAAUCUUAUUCGUCAGAUUUAUCCAAGUGGACGCCGAGUCGGGUAUUACUACACACGAUAUUCGCAAUUGGAUCAGAUCGUUUAUGACCGAUCAGCCAUUAAGUAUAUUUUCGAUGGUAAUACUGGUGUACUUCGUGACGUGAAUGUCUCAAACCCGAUUAAUGGAUACAGUUGUGCACUGAAUUAUGCCCCAGGGAGUGCGCUAAUUAGACAGCACAACAUCUACUUCAAUCUGACUGAUGUACACCUGCUGGAUGCUAAAUUUGGCUACCAGUAUGAUCCUCACUUUAGAAUAACAUCCCUUGAGGCGCGAAUAGGAGAAAAGCAGUUCAGUCCUAUGAACUUCACAUACAGUCCAACUAAUGGUCGGCUUUUGAAAAUCAAAGCGUUUACGUUCUCUUAUCUUCAGCAUCAUACAAGUAUCAUCCGUGACGUAAACACUGAGAUUACCACGGAAACUAAUGGAUACAACAGAUUAAAAACAAACAUUCUAAAGUUUAAUAAUGCGAUCGUGUACAAACUGGAUGUUGUUUACGACCAACUGCAGCGGAUACAGACUUGGACCGUGCGAAUACGUCAGACGGCACAGACUGAUGUCAAACGCUACGACUGUGUCUAUAAUAUGGAUGGCAAUAUCCUCGAUGUAAAAGUCAAUCAGCAGCCAAUGUGGAAAUACACAUAUGAUGCCAACAGUAAUUUGAAAACAAUUAGCCAGUAUGGGCGAGAGAAUGAACUUGUUUUCAACAGUAGAGAUCAAAUUGAGAGUUACUCACGAAGCACAUAUAGUUUUGAUACUGAUGGUUUCAUGACACGACGUCAUGAUGAGACACUCGAACACAAUUCACUUGGUCUUCUCGUUGAGGCAUCUAAAGAGGGCGCUUACUACAUUGAGUAUUAUUACGACCCAUACGGCAGACUGACUAUUCGUGAAGAUGUAACAGGCGGAAAUAAAGUCCAGUAUUACUACGCUGAUAUUCACCAUAAAAGCCGAAUCACUCACAUCUAUAAUCACGCAACUAAGGUUGUCACGUUUUUAUACUAUGACAGCAAUGGUCAUUUAUUCGCAAUGGAGCGUGAAAACACAUACUACUACAUUGCGUCAGACCCUAUGGGCUCUCCUGUGGCUAUAUACAAUGCAGUAGGAGCCUUGAUGAAGCAAGUCGCCUAUGAUCCAUACGGGCAAAUUGUCGAGGACUCUUACCCUAAUUUUGACUUCUCAUUUGGUUACCAAGGAGGCAUAUAUGACCCAUCGACGAAACUCCUAUUGUUUAAGUCCAGAUGGUACAACCCUGUGAUUGGACGAUGGUUAGCGCCAGAUUAUAAAAAUGCUGUUCAUAAGUUGGAUCAUGCGACUGACACUCCAGAGGUGAUGAACAUGUACAUGUUCCUGAGUCCCAUUAAUCGUCAUCAUGGUGCAUACACAAUGACAGAUAUCAGUAGCUGGAUGGGGGCACUAGGGUACGAUAUUGACAGUCUUCUCCCCCAGGUUUCCUUCUCGGGGGUGAUCCGGCCUCAAUCACUUCACGAGAAAUCAACUGAAUUAAUGCCCGUCACGUCAGCUUUCAAAUGUGCUUUUAACCAUGAUAUGGAUAACUUCCUAGAUCUAUCCACCGUACCAAAGUCAAAAGUUACGUCAUUGUAUAGCGGGAUAUCUGAGAAUCUCACCCCGAUUAAUUCAAUCUUCGGAGCGGGGGUGACGCUCUCUGUAGUGAAUAAUAAAGUUAGAGUACAUUAUUUAGACACUGUUGAUCAUCAGAGUCAACAAUUAGUGGCUGUUUUACUAAACAAUACAGACUAUGUGGAUUUACAGUUCACAGUCAAUGGUAAAGAUACUCAUUAUUUCGUCAAGGCUGAUGCUGCCCAAGCCAACUUUGACAUCGAACAGUUAUCGCUAAAAGAUGGCGAUAAAAUCACUGACAGGAUGAAUGUCAGUGUUCAUAGACUCCCAAUAGGUGGAGAUACUUCCCAGAAUGCGCCUGAACAGGUAGACAUUCGUCUCCAUGGCAAUCAUAGUGUGAUAAACAUUCGUUAUGGUACGACCUUAGAGCGGGAAAAACAGAGAAUUUUACACCAUGCCAAACAUCGAGCAAUCGAGCAAGCCUGGGGCUUAGAGCGCGAUCUUUUACAAUCAGGCCUCCACACUCUUCAUCCGUGGGCUCCAAUACAAAAAGAAGAACUUUCAAGGUCUGGUAAAAUUAGAAACUAUGUAGCACAGUAUUUAAGGGAUCCAGAAAAGUAUCCUGAUUUUGCUGAUGAUCCAAGGAACUUUUUAUUUGUGCAGCAGACGUGAUUUUCAUUUUGUUAAAAACAGCUUCGCAGCAAAUGUCAUGACACACCACAACUUAAUUUCAUGACAUGGUGAAAUUCUCAAGCAAUAAUUUUGCAAUAUUGGUGCGCGUUUAGUUGAGAAGUUUAUUAUAAUAAACUGGGAGACAAACAAAUGAAUGCCAAGAAAAAAGUAUUAUGUGUAAAAAUCUCUCUAUAUGCAGUGGAAAUAAUGUUAUCAUAUAUAGUCUACAGUAUAUGGUACAUCUGUAAUAUAUGUAUUCUAUAUAUAUUGCCAUGUACCAUGUAUCUGCUCUAAAAUGCAUAGUUUGGAGUCAUAAUUUCACUAACAUGUGCAAUAUAUCCAAAUCGCCACUAGAAAUUCUCAAAAUUACAUUUUGAUAUUAAUAGCGAUCAAGUUAGCACAUAGGGUGUAAAUAUAACAUUAACAAAUAUAUUGAACUAAACAUAAUGUUUAAAUGUAAAAAUGUAAAUAAAGAAAUAUUCAAUGAUUGAGUGUUCAUGAAGACCCAAAUUGAAAUUAGGCCAAUAAAAUGAAGAUUUUUGUUUUUAUCCAAAAGUCAAAAUGCAUUUUAUUGUCCUCGUUUCUGUUUUUGACAAACCUGGGUGUUUGUCAAACAUGGAUAUGGCAACGGGGGAAAUAAAUAAGUGAAAGGUUUGUGAUUAAAGUAAAAAAGUAAAUUAAAGAAUAAAUAUGAAACAAAAUGUUAAAGAUGGAGUGCUGUCCAGGCAGGGUCAAUAAAUAUCAUACCCUCAACUUCCGCUAAAUGAGUUUCAUAUGAAGUAAAAUAAUGUGAGUGAUAGUUUAUAGUUAAAUUCAUUGUCCUCAAUUUAAUACCACAUGCAAACCAUUUACAUGCACAAAUUUCCAUCCUCCUAAGCAGGUGUACAGAAUCCGUACCUCCUUCUUCCCCCCUGCUAUAACCACUUUGGAAGGUCCGAUUAA